AUGCACACUCACUCACUCCAGUGCCCACUGCCCACUGCCCACUGCCCGACGAGGAAGUUUCACGAUCCCAACCCGUAUAAAUCGACGCCGCGAGGGGGAGCGACGAGCGAUCCCCGUAAUUAACCUGUCCCAGCCGCACCGAUCCACCCCCCCUCGGCCUCGGCCUCCCUCCGGCCAUGGAGGUGUUCUACUACGUCGUGUUCGGCGCGCUGGCCGCCGUCGUGGCGGGGCUCGAGCUCGGCAAGAGCGGCAAGGACCGCGUCGCCACCACCUCCGCAUUCAACUCCUUCAAGAACAACUACGUCCUCGUCUACUCCCUCAUGAUGUCCGGGGACUGGCUGCAGGGCCCCUACGUCUACUACCUCUACAGCCAGUAUGGCUUCGACAAGGGCGACAUCGGCCGCCUCUUCAUCGCCGGCUUCGGAUCCUCCAUGCUCUUCGGCACCAUCGUCGGCUCCCUCGCCGACAAACAGGGCCGCAAGAGGGCCUGCGUCACCUAUUGCAUCAGCUACAUCCUCAGCUGCAUCACCAAGCACUCCCCCGAGUACAGGGUCCUCAUGAUCGGCCGCAUCCUCGGGGGCAUCGCCACCUCGCUGCUCUUCUCCGCCUUCGAGUCCUGGCUCGUCGCCGAGCACAACAAGAGAGGCUUUGACCCGCAGUGGCUGUCCAUAACAUUCUCUAAAGCCAUCUUCCUUGGGAACGGCUUAAUUGCCAUUGUAUCUGGGCUAUUUGCGAACCUUCUUGCUGAGAACUUGGGCUUUGGUCCUGUGGCUCCAUUCGAUGCGGCUGCGUGCUUUCUGGCGAUUGGCAUGGCUAUCAUAAUGUCCUCAUGGAGUGAAAACUACGGAGAUCCAUCUGAAAGCAAGGACCUGAUGGCCCAGUUCAAGGUUGCGGCUAAGGCAAUUGCGUCAGAUGAAAAGAUUGCAUUACUGGGAGCCAUACAGUCAUUGUUUGAGGGCUCCAUGUACACAUUUGUCUUCCUAUGGACUCCAGCAUUGAGUCCAAAUGAAGAAGACAUUCCUCAUGGUUUUAUUUUUGCUACAUUCAUGCUGUCAUCCAUGCUGGGUAGCUCCAUCGCGUCACGUCUAUUAGCCCGAAAGCUCAAGGUUGAAGGCUAUAUGCAGAUCGUGUUCUCGAUAUCGGCUGUCACCCUUGUCCUCCCUGUCGCCACCAACAUCUUAGUGCCAACGUCUUCUGUGAAAGGAGGCAGCGUAUCAAUUGGAGGUUCUCUUCAGCUUCUUGGUUUCUGCACCUUUGAGGCAUGUGUUGGUAUAUUCUGGCCGUCAAUCAUGAAGAUGAGAUCUCAGUACAUUCCUGAGGAAGCGAGAAGCACAAUCAUGAACUUCUUCCGCAUACCACUCAACUUAUUUGUUUGUGUGGUGCUUUACAACGUGAAUGCAUUCCCUAUCACUGUCAUGUUUGGGAUGUGUUCUAUCUUCCUCUUCAUGGCAGCAAUCUUGCAGAGACGGCUGAUGGUUGUCUCUGAUCAAGUACACAAAUCAUCAACUAAAGCACAAGAAAUGAUCGGGGAAGAUGAGCCACUAAAUCCUUAGAUGUCGACAGAACCAUACAUGCGAAAUCAGAUAUUGACGACGACGUCCAUACUCCAUACUGCAUUUCGUUUCGUCACCUGUGCAAUAAGAUGGACGUCAAAACCAUGUAGUCUAGUGGUUUUCGUUUCUGUAGUGUAGAUUUGACCAGGCUGCUAAGUUUGCACCUGUCCCGAGAAGAUUAGAUGAGCAAGUCAAUCGAUAUUGGCUAUUCGCAUUGUUGUUUCUUUUUUUUAAAAAAAGAUGUUCGCUUUAAAGUUUAAACGAUACGGUAUAUAUCCUUGUAAGUGUUGCAUUGCUGCAUCUGAUGACAAUUCUAGUGGUGCUGUUA